UUUUGGUUUUUUUUCGCAAUGCUAUCUUCUUUAAUUUUGGCAAUUUCCUCCUCUGUUAUACUACGGCAAAACGAGCAGCCAUUUUGAAAAAAAAGCUAUAGUCACUGACCAGUGACUAUCACUUCAGAGACAGUGAAUCUUGACCAAUCAAAAUGCAGAAAAAUCAAUAGUCACCUGGAAAUUUAUACUAAUACAAAAUAGUAUAGUAGUAUAUAGUUCUGUAUUAAACCAUAAUGAAGUUGUAUCAAUGUUCAUGCAAAGUGGAAGAAUAUUUUUCUUCAGUUUUUAAGCUGAGGGCAUUCAGUAUUCGUUAGCCGACUUAGCCAAAAUAUGAAUUCCUGAAGAAAUUCUGUCCAAAUUUUCAUGCAUGAGUAUCAAUGCGACAGUGCAGUAUUCUAUACUUUGCAGACAGUAUGCCACCGUUCAAGAUUAUACUUCACACUUUGGAUUUGGGGAAACUUUGGCAGGAUUAAUCGGGAUUGAGUGUACGACGAUUUGGAACCAUACAUCCCACGUACGCUUUGCUUCAAAUUGUUUGAAAACAGCAGUCUUAAACAUUUAAAAAAAUAUCACGUUGGAGUCUUAAACAUUUAAAAAAAUAUCACAUUGGCCGGGCACUAUUUUAUAAUUUGUUUGCUGAUCGUUCUUAGGAUGACCCAUUGUGGAGCGCAAGAGCUCUUAUUGACAAUCCUGGUGAAAUCAAAAGAGUUCAUACAAGGUUUGCCGUGUGUCAUCCUAAUAUGCAUAUAGUCCAUAUACUAUUCACUGUUGAAAACUGAAAAUGACGGUGCUGCAACUCCCUUAUAUUUUUCUUUAUGUUCGUAAGAACAGUUUUCUCCACAGUGGUGCAAACAUCAUACUGACAGAUUCUUAUCAGGUGCGUGUAUUUAACAAAUAGAUAACAUUUCUUGCCAUUGUCUGUUUAGUGACAGAGAGAGAUGAGGUCAGUAUCUCCAGACGGAGGGCCUUCGCUCGAAAUGUCGAAAUUCUCCUUAUAUUUUUCAGAUAUUAUGGGCACUACCUGUAUACACUGGCACAGACAGUUUAAGAACAAAAAAGUAGCCCACGCAAGCAUGAUAGGCAUAAUUCAUGGCUCCUUAAAAUUAAAUUGUAUAUAUUGAUCAUGACUUUUCAUUAAGUAUUUUUUGCACCAGUUUUUCACCACAACUGCGAGCAAAAACCAGGAUUUAAUAAUUCUUCAUGAGAAUGAUUUUCCUCGUAGGCUAGUAUUGAGGGAUUUUGUCGUCAUGCUCAAUGUACAAGUGAAGCAGCAAUCAGUGUGAUAAAAAGGAGCGUAUCAAUAGCGAAAGAAGCUUGUCAAGAAUUCCUUGAAGAAACGCAAAAUAAGGUGAUUUAAAUAUUUCGCAUUUGUAAUCUUAAAUAACGGCGCUAGUUUUGACAGUGUAAUUAUAUAUGUAUAUUUAUAGGUGAUGGGCGGUCGUUCUGUAUAUCCCACAGAUUGGACUCGAAUAUAUAAUAUUGUACUUAUCAAACACAUAGUUAUGAAAAUGUUCAUAUUCAUCAUGUACAUUGUUGCAGCCUAAUGUCUUAAUCACGAAAACGACGCUCUAUGGCCAAAAUGACGUACUUUCCGGAAGGACGUUUUGGUUACUGAUACUGCAUAGAUUGCCUGGCUUGGUCGUUAUUUCCCGUAGUGAACGGUCGGUCGAUUGGUCAGCCAGUCACUUUUCAAUGUCGUUCACAUUACCUUGAUAAGAGGACAUGCUCUAUAUUCUGUGUUCACGCGUACCAUACAAUAUUAAAGGUGCGCGCUCUACUCGUUUCCGUUGCCUCGUGUUGACACUACAUUUGAUGCGUUAAUGGUUUUCCAUGUUAGAUCUAAAAAGUGGCUAUUGGCAAAAAGAGCUCGAUGAAGAUGGCCGUUUCAUUCUGGAAGGGUCUUUGGCAAUUCACCGUAAUUAACGCCCCUGGGGCCUUUAGAAAUUAAUUAAAAAUGGCUUGCAAAAUUGUCGUGGGAGAUGUGCUUGGUGUACCUUGACGAUAUAAUUGUCCUGGGAAAAGAUUUCGAUGGUCAACUAGCAAAUUUAUACAGCUAGUGACAGUAGUGUUAGAAAGGCUCCAGGUCGCUAAUCUCGAAUUAAACCCCCACUGCACAAAGGUAAAAGAGAAGGAAUCUGCGCGUUGUAUGCGUGAAGAGAUGGUUAAUAGGGUCGAUGGCUGCAUAUUCAGCGAACGAACUGCCAGCAGAAACACGUUUCGUAAUUCGUAGUCUAUGCAAGUACCAGUUUAAAAUCUUCCAAAACUGGCUUACAUGAUAAGUACAAUUACUUAGUUACCAUUUUCCCCCCUUUCUCUUUAUUUACUGUAGGAAGGAAAUGAGUUGUCGCGGAAUCUGCUUGUGGGCGGAUCUGUUGGACCUUAUGGGGCAUGUCAGUUUGAUAAAUCUGAAUAUCACGGCAAUUAUGUAGAUAAAAUGAACCUAGAGGUAUACAAACUGUAGUUGUACUGUUAUGGUCCACUGGAAAAAAAAAAGUGAAAUCCAUACUACAAAAUUUGCAAUUGCACCACUAAAUCCAUAGUAUAUCCAUCCUAUUUCCAUACUAUAUCCAUACUAUGGAAAUAUACUGUUAUUAUGGAUAACCAAAAUCCAUUCUAUUUCCAAUAAAGCCAUAAAGGUCCAUACAUAUACAAUUCCAUUCUAUGACCUAGCUUCUAUGGAUUUUCAAAAUUUUUUUCCAGUGGUCAUAUUUUUGUCAGAGGACAGAGUAGAUAGUCGUUCAUUUCAGAAAAAUAGCUAUAUAAUUUCCGAAUUACAUGUACGCUCUAAUUGUCAAGAAAAAUAACACUAAGUCGUGGCUUUUUCCUAAUUUGCUAUAGAAACAUGAUUACAACUUAGCAUGAAGCCUCGUUCUCAGGCUAUAGUAGUAUGUGGCAUUCGGCCGUAAUUUGAUCUAAUGUGGACAUGCAGAAACAUGCAGUAUCUCUCCAUUGGACGAUUUUGUAUCCAAUCAUAUAGGAAGGGAAAAAAUGGAGAGGCGGACAAACAUUUGCCCGAUGUUCACGAGAUUGGCCGACCAAUGCAAAUUUUUUCCCGUCAUGAACUUCCCAAAAUUUAUAUUGUCAUAAACUUCCCAAAAUAUAUAUAAUUCAUGCAUUUUGACAACGUUACAUAUUUUUUCAUCUUUCUGACCCCAUCUUGAUCAUCUAAUUGUGAAAUUUGAAAGAAAGUCGUAUGGAAAUUUUGCACAUUUUGAACACUUAAAUAACACUUUUUGGGUUGAUGAAAAUGACACAUAUUAUAAAAAUGUGAUCAUUUAUAAAAUUGUAUAGUCCCGUUUAUACUUGCAAUUUUUGCUGUGAUUUCUAGACAGUGCGAUUUUCCUCUUCUGAUGGAUGUGAACGAGUGAAUAAGUUAUAAAUGUUCUGAGCAUAUGUACCUCAUCUAAACAUUCAUAACUCAUCUACUCGUUCACAUACAUCAGGAAAGGAAAAUCGCACCUAAAAUCGCAGCAAAAAUUGCAACGAGCCUUAUUGGCAACUGAAUUGCACCGUUUCAAAUCAUUUUCAGGAACUAAAGAGUUGGCAUAGACCUAGAAUCAAAAUUCUUGUUGAAGCAGGAGUGGACUUCUUGGCAGUGGAAACCAUUCCCGCAUUGGUACUGAAUUAUAUGACCUCAGUGUAUUACCACGUUAGACAACGCGGUUUUGUGUUCUUUGGGUCUGAGCCUGGCCCAUCUUUUCCUGCUACACCGAUCUUCCUUUUGCAUCUAUACUUGCGUGCUAGUAAUAUCUGAGCACGGAGCUAUACACUGACAAUUUUCUCCGAUUUUUUGUGAAAUGUUUCCCUCAGAAAUUUCUGUGCAAGUUACUCAAGUUGGAGAAUAUUUAGUGGAGGAUAUGGCAUUGUGCAAUAAUAACUGGUCAGGCCGUCUUAUUUCUAUUUUUCAUUCAAUUUAGGUCGAAGCUGAAGCCAUAUUGCAAGUAUUAAAUGAAUUUCCUAGUGUAAUAUGUUGGGUGUCGUUUUCUUGCAAGGUAUACUGCAGUCAUCAAGUUUCAUUGAAUACCUUUCGAUUGAUUUCUCCAUUAAAUUAUUGAAUGAGGUUGAGCGUGAUAUGAAGAAUCAUGAAGACCAAAAGUUUGUGUUAUCUGUAGAAACUGAGGCGGAUAACACAAACAAUGGCCUUGAUAAUUUUCUACAUCAGGCAAAAACCACGUUUAAUAUUAUUUAUUUUAAAAGAUACUAAAAGAUAUCUGCACGUUAACUUCUUCAAAGCAAUGACGAGUUCUUGCCAUUUGCAAGAAAUGUGUCCCGAAGCGAUACCAUGUAAAAAUGGAUAACAUGCAGAUGGUCCGAUUUCGCUGCCAUGCAGGUCUGAAGAGAAAGCUGUAGGAUCGUAAUUUUUAUAACUUCUCACCGUGAUGUAACUGGGUGGUGUCUUUGGAGCUUUCAACUUCGUUAAUACAUAAAUUUGAAAAUGAUUGCUGAUUACAGAACUUAAUACUCCACUUUCAAGACUAAGGCUUCGGUAGAAACAAGGAUAACAUUGAUGAGCGAUUGCGACGUGUCUGUAAUUCUUUUUGGUACCGCUUGAUUAUUUGCAUGCAUAAGAUUUAAAUCAUUGCAAAGUUCUGUAAUUGUUCUUUUCUCCGGGUCAUCUUUAAGUAAAUUACAGUAGGUUCUGUAGUCACCUAGAAUAACAAUUGGCUUGUUCAUAGAUAAUGCUUGGACAUAAUUUUGUCUGAAAUUAUCCUGAUUCCUGAAAACAAUUGAGAGGACAGUCGAGAGGUUUACAUGUCACGCAAAUUAAUGGUUUUCAUUUUCUUGUUUUGGAGCUUGAUCCAUAGUUGUUGAGAGUUGGAUUCUGAUGUAUUCGUCAGACUCAGCCGGUUCAUUUAAAGGCCUUUUUGACAAACACACAGACCCCUCUGCCCUUCUUAUGUGAUUACAUAUCCAGUUCAAUUGAAAUUUCCCCAUUCGUAACGUCAAUUUUAUGCGAUUUUACUAUAUAGUUCCCUGGUUUCUAUAAGGUGCGAAGUAUUUCUCAAUGAUCGAAUAUUCAGAUGCUAGAUGUUGAAAUGUUCCAAUUUUAUCUUUUAUUUCAACAAUAUAAACCUCUAUAUACAUAACUUACAAACAUCAUGGCCGCCAUGCUUUUCCCGGUCUCCUGUCCGAGUAGUCCUGGAGUUAACAUAAAAUUGUACAUCUGUAGUGUCCAGGAUCACUACAGAUUUACAAUUUUAAGUUAAUGAGAGAUGUUACUCUGGGAUGUUGUUAAACUAAUAGAGGAUUUGCUGGAAUCUCCUUCGUUUAUCUUACUGCCAUAAUUGGAUUUGUUUACUUUGAUUCGUACUAGAUUAUUAACAUUGACAUUACGGCAACGUUUUUCCAUGACAUCGUGUAAUAAUAAUUUCUCCCUCGUCGAUUCCAGUGCUCUUUAUGACCACGUUAUUGUUGUAUCUCCAUCAUUGUACAUGUAUGCUUUCCUUUUGUCUCCUUGUCAUGGGAAUGCUAAGUAGCUACCAUCAAAACAUAUGUUAUCCUUGACAAAGAGUUCUCCUGUUCAAGAUAGUUUUAGUCUCGCACUUGUGCAGUGACUUUUACUUCUUUUGUUAUUUGUUAAUUCUUUUAAUCCAAAUUCGUUUACAGAACCAUCCGGCUUCUGUAUUUCGUGAUCAACUCUGGAGAUCGAUUUCUUAUGAUGCUCUACAACGGCAAGUUCAUGCCAUUUAUUGAUCAAAUAUGCCUUCGUCGGAUAUUGUAACAUGCAGUCAUGUGGACUUCUUUUAACGACACGGUGUUCAUUAAAAAAUUGUUGUUGCUAUUGUAAUCGCAGGAACCUUUAGUUUAGACGUGAACCACCUAGAGUUCGUAAUGGUUACUCAAUAGGACCCAUUUGGUGAUCAGGGCAGGGCUCAUUGAGAAACCCACUUUUACCUGGUGGAUCACGGCCCCCUCCAUGGGCACACCUUAAAUUUAAUCGCUACAUGCACCAUGUGAUUAAUAUUAAUAAGACUUUAUGACGUUUACGGCAAACCACAAACGGCAAACUUCUACAGUUUCGACAGCUAAAAGUAGCUAAUUCAUGCUCCAAUUUCAGUGCACAAGUUGCCCUAUAACGGUUUGCAUGCCGUAAACGUCAAUCUCAAAGUCCCUAAUAUCUCUUCAAUUCUGUAGGAUCAGACACACCUCUGCCAUGGUGAAAAAUUUUGCGAUGCAGUUACUACAGUUGAAACGUACAAACAGGUUGUUCUUAAUGAAAUGUUUUAUUUUGAGUGUUACACGAAUACGAUACAGUCUAGUGACAAAUGGGAAUGAAAUUAGAAAAAAAUGAAAUGCUUGGGACAACUCACAUUAAAGCCUGGUUCACACCUCACCAGCAAUUUUGUCGGCGAUUUUGUGUUUCUGACGGAUGCAAAUGAGUGAACUCGCACACAAAGUAUAGCCAGUAUAGAGUCACUUUUCAGAAGUUAACAAUUCUAAGUCUUUUGCAUGUCAUUCGUUCGAUCACAUUUGCCACGAGGAGAAAAACGUUAUGGUUAAAAGUUAAGACUGUAUAGUUUUUAACGCACGACUAUAUAGCCUGAGCAUUUUAGAUACUAUAGCCCCUUGCAGGGCCGUACACAGGGGGGGGGGGGUGGCAGGGGGGCAACUGCCCUCCCCCCAGAGAAAACUAUAUUUACAAUUUUUAGAAUGUCAUUAUUAAUUAUUCUUUGGUAUUUGGGACUUUUUUCGGCAGAUAGGCCUUACUGCCCCCCUGGUGAAAAAAUCCUGCCUACGGCCCUGGCCUCUUUGCAUUUUUAAUGUAUAGUAAAAUUUUAUAUAAAAUCGCAUUAGUUCAUUACUCAUUAGUAUUUUUUUAUAUAAUUAAUAUCUCACGUAAACAAGACCCAUAUCACUCCUGGGGAUGACUUUAUAUAUAUGCAGGGCGAAUUUGACCACACACUUACUUGCCUAAUGAAUAUUGAUGUUUUUUGUUUUUAUUCAGGUCGAAGCUGUUGGGAUAAACUGCAGUGCUCCUGAACAUGUUCAGGUGUUAUAAUUAUAAUGUAAAAUAAGAUGAUAGCCGACAAACCUUCAUUUUUAUUUUUAGUACACUUCUGUGGGGUUUCUAUGUCGUAACUAACCGGCUUUACUCUUUAGGGAUUAUUAUCAAGCAUUCAUGGGAAGUCAACGAAACCUAUUGUCGUUUACGCAAAUAAUGGACAAGAAUGGUGGAAAAAGAGGUUCUUGACUACAAUUAGUUAAUAAAUUUACAAUUCUGAUCAUCUGCACAGUUGAGAGCCGUAGAGCCUAGAAUCAGGCAAUGCAUAUACAGAAUUUAUAUAUUUUACGCUUUUCUGCAAUCUGAUUGGCUACGUGAGCGGUCUGUAAGAGCCCGUACGGACCGCGCGAGAUUUAAAGCCGUAGAGCCAAUGUUUCUAUUUUUAAAAAUUUAAAGACGACUAUCUCACAAAAGAUAUUACUCUUCCCGAUAGCAUUGAUAGAAACGACGUUUUAUUUGGCAGCUUCAUUCGCGUGCGGGAGGAGUGAUUGGGGAAAUCCAGAGGAGGAAUUAAAAAAAAUAUAUAUAUAUAUUAUUUACCGGUAUGGUCGGUCCGUAUACAGAAAUAUUUCUAUCAGUUUUUCUCGAGAAAUAUUUCUCUAUACGGACCUCCAAUCCGGUAAAUAACAUAUAUAUAUUUAAUAGAAUAUAAAAAUACAGAAUAUAUUUAAUAUUAGAUUUGUUGGUCCUAAAACGUGGAAUUUAGUCGACGAACUACCGCGAAGCGACGUAGUAAAUUGUCUUUCAAAAAUAAACUAAAACGAAAAAUAAAUAAUGAAUAUACAUGCAUGAGGAUUAAUUGUUGUGGUUGUGAUGGGACAUGUGACUAAUUUCAGUGUCUUCGUGCAUGUCACUCGAGUGAUUAUAAGGAACAUGCUGCAAUGGGAAAAAAACUAUCCAAUAAAGAUAACUUUUACAGUUUUGCCAUCUAAAUCCUUUUCGAAUCUCUGUUUUUUUUGUAUUGUGUCUGUUUUUAUAUCAGUUUUUCUGUGUGUUUGAGCUGUAAGUAAAAAAAUUCUUUUGUAAAAAUUUUUAAAUUCCCCAAUUGUUCGUAAAUGUAUAAUUUUUGCUUUUAAUCAUUAAUGGCCGCUUGUCUCGAUUAGCACCUAUGGUUAUUACAGGCGACCAGCACCACACCUAUAUGUUAAUUACCCUAAUAUAAUUAUUCAUGUAUUUGCAAUUUAAUAGUGCUCAAUAAAUUUCUUCUUCUAUACGUGCAAAACGUACCGACUCAGUCACUUGUUUUUUUGUACAGAUUUGACAAUAACCCUGAUUAUAUAUCUUAUGUCUUGGGCUGGCUGGAGCAAGGAGCAAAAAUCAUUGGUAAGUUUUCUAACAAGAUUUAUAAUUAAUGUGUGCGAUGUAGAACCAUUUAUUCCGAGAAAAUUGUAAAGUUUAGAGACAAUUGAAGGAUGUCUAUUAAAUAAUUUAAUAAGAAGUGAAAUGCACUGCACGCUCGGAUUAAUGACAACUCCAUGCUGUUUACGAAGUAUCCCCCCCCCCCUGCCAUCAGCGCGCUUGUAAAUACAAGUAUCUCAUAGGCGUGCGAGAGGCUAAAACCAAUCACUAUAUACUUAAAAACGGGGCAAUGCUACUUAAAAAUUCCCCCCGCUCGUCGACAGGAAUUCUGGUAAGUUUAUGAACCAAAAUUGUUUUGUAUUGGUCGGGCUGUUCCCAUCCUGGCAGAUUGCAUGGGAAAGUUUUGGUCCGCCCCCUAUACUUUUUUCCUCCCGUACGCCUAUGUGACACUGUAUCAUAGAUAUCUUAUAUACACUAGAUAACGCAUCUCUUUUAGUAAAAUUGAAGCCAAGAAUAUUCCAGCGGUUACCCCCAUUUGAAUAGAUGGUGGCCAUGUUGAAGUUUCCCACUUGCUAAUAAACGCUUAAAAAACAACAAUAACUUUCAUCAUUUGAAUAGUUUGAAAAUAUAUUUGGAAUGGGUUUAACUAAAUGUUUAAGUUCCCUGUUUAAGAAAUAGAAAACAUACGAGUCUUCUCAUUUCAUGGGAAUAUCCUGAGUCUGCAAUCACGGCUUCAAUUUUUGAAUUGCAGAAUAAUUAGAUGCACUAUCUAGUGUAUAUAAGAUAUCUAUGCACUGUAUAUAAGCACGCCCCGAUCCCAAUGUUCCGUUUAUUGAGAUAUAUUGCCGCUCUUGUAAGGCGAUCAAGAAAGCAUCCAAUUUAGUGUAAUCAAUAAUUUUGAGCGUUUAUUCUGCCUACAUUUUUCAUCAUUUAAGGAUAUGUUAUGUAACGUUACUCUCGGCAGAGUGGAAUGCUGGCCACAUUCACUUUUCCCUGUGGCUAUUGUUUAGAUAACAUGGUUCUGUAUCCGAAAUUGCAUUGCAAGUUGCAGCAAAAAUUACCUUGUGUAACAAUUAUAUAACGUUCAGACGUUGAAUACUUUUUAUUGGUUCAGCACGCGCUCUAUCAACUCGAUAUUUAACUUUAGUUAUAGAUUUUAUCUGAAGUUUAACGUAUCACAUUGUAUAUGUGUAUGUCUCCUUUACGGCUAAAAUCGUCUGACGUUUGAGAGAAAAUAGGGGCCGUGGUCCUUUAAUCGUCAAUCUAAUCUAACCCAACUAGUUAUAAGUAGUGAAAUCAAAAUUUAUUUUAUUCCUUUUUGUUAGCCUAAUUUCUUUUGGUGCAAAUAUUAAUUAAAUGUUCUGUUAGAAUUUCCUGGGUAACCUCGAAAUAACACUAUUUGGGUUAACAUUCCUAUUGAAAUAAGUCACUAGGCUUAAAAGAAAGUUCAAACGCCGGUUAAACUGAGGAACAGAAAUGUUGGCCGUUGUUCAAGAAGAUUGUAAUUGCUGCUUUGCAAUUAUAAAUGCAGUUUUGCUGAACCAUAAAUAGAAAAAAGGUUAAAAUAACCAGGAAAUUUAACCAGGAAUAUUAAGUUAACCCAAAACUGGUUAUUUCUAGGUUAACCAGGAAAAUUUUAACCAGAGUGUUUUUCAGGGCCGAACUAUGCCAUCAGGGGUGAAAACAAAACAUCGCACCCCUACAUAUGUGCCGUUAGGUUUUGGGCCCCCUAACGUGUUUUAUUUUGUUUGACUCCUUUUGGCAAGAGUUAGGGUUAGCUUUUGGGUUUAAGUUAGUUUCAUAUAUUGGUUCACACAAGAAAAUAUUUAAUAGAACUACACAUUAAUUGACUGCCGACACAUAAUAAACAAACUUUAUUCGAAUUAGCGCAGGAUAAAAUUGCUUCGGCCCCUCCUGGGAUUUUUUUGCCGCCCCCCCCCCCCUCCCUUGAUCUCCAAACUCAUGCAGGUGUGAAAAUAUGCGUUUUAAAACCUUUGAAUUAAGAAAUCUAGAGGUUACAGGUCAACUCAGUAGCCAUGUGGAGAUAGUGGAUCUCGCUAUCAUCUAAACCUGGAGUAAAUUACUAUCAACUUCAGUAACUUCAAAAAUAGUCUAGGUUACAAUAGCUAUUGAGCCAAAUUCGAAACCUAUUGAAGCAGGAUCUGCCUGAGUCGAAUACCAGUUGGAGUUUGAUUCCAUUUCUGUCCCUAGACUACUAGUUUUGGGUCACUUGGUGGUUCCUAGACCUCCAUACCUACCUCCAUUCAAAGAUUGGCUACCUCCACAAUUUAAGGGAUCCCAAGAGUGGAGAGCAGGGGGUCAACUUGACUUGGGUCCACAACGUGACAGGGCCCUGGCUUUUUAUUUGAGAUGGUAUCAAAAAUCAGUUUUUGGAACAGGACUCUAUAAAAGGCCCGCCUUCAAGGUUGAGGCCCUGUGGAGAGACCCUAGCAAAUAUACCUAGGGGCCUUAGAUCAAAUCAUAAUUAAUAUAUAUGACAUGGUUUGGAAAUCCUUUGUCUUUCUAUUGUUUGACAAUAGCAGUUCAGAAAGCUUGGCGAAGGGAAUGGGUACCAAGUAUUUGUUUUGCCUACCAGGGCUAUAUCUUACGGCAUAUUUUGCAAAUAACGAAGUAUUACCACCAUUUUGCGAUGGAGUAUGUUUGUGUUACAUCGUUUGGUCAAAUCUCAUUGAUUAAAACCAAUAUGUGCAGGGUCAAGCUAGUUGUUCAUCCUCCAUGUUUGUUUAUAGCGUAAUUUCUUUGAAGUUUGCCGGGUUUCCUAACCAGGUCUUAUAACAACCAUGAUCAAAUGGAAAAUUUGGUUGUAAAGCUUUGGGUCCCCUUCGUGACUUUUCAUUGGGGGGAUAUUACACCCCCAAACCCAGCAUGGCCCUGAUGUUUUUAGAGUAUAUAUACAGGCAGUAGUUAAUACAAACUAUCGAAUAUGUUGUCUAUACAGUUUUGAACAUGUUUGCUUUCUUAGGAGGUUGCUGUGGGGUAACACCUGCUGAUAUAGAAGAUAUAAGAAAUGCCAUUAAAGACAGGUUGACUACAAAAUUCAUUCACAGUGACAAUUAAUAUGGUUGAUGAAUGGGAUAUGUUUGAAGUGCUAUCGCAGUGUAUACAUAUUGUCAAAAAUUAGAUACAAAAAAGCUUAAAUAGAUCUAUAGUAACAGCGAACGUCACUGUCUGCUGAAUGAAUGAUAUAUAUUAAAGUAGUUUUGAUUCAACCUCGCAAGCAAGACCGAUAAUAUCGUACACCUUACUGAUUAUGAUAUUAUCAGAAAAGACAGAUCAAGAAAUGGUGGUGGCGUUUGUAUAUACUUGCGUAGCUCCAUCAACUACAAAUAAGAAAUGAUCUAGUUCCAUCUGAACUAGAGGCUGUUUGUAUUGAAAUUAUUAAGCCUCAUAGCAAACCAUUUCUUGUUACUACAGUUUAUAGACCACCAAGUGCAUUAUCUGAAUUCUUUGAUCACUUCGAAAAAUUGAUAAAAACUAAUAAACUAUUGAUAAUGAAAAUAAAGAAAUGUAUAUUCUGGGUGAUCUAAACUGUGAUUUGCUAAAACCAGAUAAUGAAUCUAACAUUCCAACGAAAAAAAUUAAGUCAUUGUACGAAUUAUAUAUCUUAUUCAGCUAUUGCAACUCAGGGCAACUGAUAGAUAAUGCUACUCGAGUAACUAUGAAAACCACCACUACUAAUACUCCAGAGAAAAUUUCUGAUUCUGGUGUUAAUUAUUCAUACAGGUAUAAGUGAUCAUAGCUUUAGUAUUUGCCAUCAGAAAAAUGUCUGUUAUUGGUAUAAAAAAAAACCAAGAAAAUAUCGUUGAGAUGAGAAAUAUGAAAAAUUUUGAUGAGGAAAAAUUUAUUGCGGAACUGUUGAAACAGCACUGGGAAUAUGUAUAUUUUUUGCAGGAGACACGAAUGCUAUGUGAUUUGGAAAAAAUUAUUUUUGGAAAUUUUAGACAAGCAUGCACCACUUCAAUACAAAAAAUCAGAUCAAAGAAAGUACCUUGGAUUAAAGUGAGAUAAAAAAAAACCUUAUAAAUACAAGGGACAGAUUAAAACGAAAAGCCAUUUUAACAAGC